AUGGAUUACGAAAUAGACCAAGAAAGCCUUGAUCUCAUCAUCCAGCUCCAAUUGGAAGAUGCUCAAAGCAUGGCCAAGGGCAAGUACCGCGAAGGCGAGGCCCCUGAUUUCGAUCUGGCGCUUGAGCUUUUCAACGCCGAGCUCGAGUCGCUUCACGCCUUCAUCCACGAUCGGGAAAUGGGCCGCAGCCUAGCUCGUGCCGUCGUCAACGAUGCGGAUGUUAUCAGAGAGCUCUGCAACGAAGAAGAGCAGGCCACACGCGAUCGAAUGCUUGCGCUCCGUGGCUUUGAUGGGGAUGCUAUCACAGUAGAUGACAUCUUUCCCGAUGGAGAGCCAUCCGACACAGAUUCAUUGAAAGGAGCAAUGUCUGAUGAAAUGGUCAACAAGCUCAUAGUUCUCUUUCAUGGCGAUGACGCUCCUGCUCCAUCUACUGCAGAAUCGUCCAAAAAAGGAAAGCAAAAUAAGAGAACGCUGACUUGCGAUAUCUGCAGUGAAGUGUUCCCGUUCGUCGAUAUAUUGCAAUGCCCUUGCUCUCAUGAUUAUUGCCGUGGAUGCCUGUCAAUCUAUGUUAGCAAAGCAAUAAACGACGAAUCCAUGUUUCCCCCUCGAUGCUGCGGGCAAGGUAUACCUCUCGAUGGCGUAAAUCAGAUCUUCAUCUCGGCAGACAUACUUGGGAAAUACCGCGCCAAAGUGAUUGAGUACGACUCUGCGAAUAGGGUAUACUGCAGCAUGCCCAAUUGUUCAACAUUUAUCCCCACGCAGUUCAUCAGAGAUGAGGUGGCCACAUGUGUCAAAUGCGAGAGCAAGACUUGCACCAUCUGUAAGGGCCCAUCUCACGAGGAUGAGUGCCCCAAAGACACGGCAACAGUCAAUUUUCUUCGUAUGGCCGAUGAAAAUAGCUGGAUGAGGUGUUUCAAGUGUCGGAGAGUGGUAGAGCUGACACAUGGAUGCAACCACAUACGCUGCCAUUGCGGAGCAGAAUUUUGUUACAUCUGCGGGAAACGUUGGCAGACUUGUGGCUGUGAUUUAUGGAAUGCGAAUAGGCUGGCGGAUCUGAAUGCCGCUGCGAAUCAAGCCAUGGACGGACAGCCUCAAGUAGCAAUUGAAGAUGAUAUCUUCGAUUGA